CGUCUUUAUCAGACGCGUCGCAGUCUUUAAUGGGGCAUGGUGUCCUUCCUCUGGAGGCUGCAGCGGACAGCGUAUAGUUGAUCUCCACACGUCCUCAUCACAUUCCAAGGACUUUUCUGUGCAGUGUUCAAAAUGCUACGGACGAGGGAACUCUUGGUUGUGCUCGCGGCGUUAUAUUCGGUGAACUCCGUUCAGCUCAACCUCGAAAAGUCACUGAGUGACUUUGUUAGCACGCUUGAACAGUAUGCGACGCAGAAAAAUGAUGUCGUCUUUGUCCUGGACGAAUCUGGAAGCAUUGGUUCCAAUAAUUUUCCGCACGAGCUUGAAAUGGUAGAAAUGAUUGCAAGACUGUUAACUGUGUCCCCAGACUUCUCUAGGAUUGCAGUGGCGACUUUCUCCUAUGGGUAUGUUGAUCAUGUUGACUAUAUCGCGAACAGUGCUGGAAGCAGUAUGUGUUCGCUUAUUGAGAAGAUACACCGAAUUCCAUACCGAGGUGGUGGAACCCAAACAUCAUAUGCCUUGAAGCAUGCGGACACAAUCUUAGGAAAUGGUAGACCGGGAUCUAACAGAAUCGUCAUUCUGAUAUCCGACGGGCAAGCCAACGCUGGAUACUCGCCGCGCAGCAUCGCUCGUCAGCUCAGGAGUAAGGGUGUAGUGAUGUUCGCAGUGGGAGUUGCAUCAAUCAACGCAGCCGAGCUGUUAGAUGUUGCUACGUCACCCAACCAUGUCUACAUGCUGAAGAAUUUUCCGUACAUCAAAGAGAUCAACCAAAAACUCCGAGAUGAUGUGGCGGAGAUUCACUUCGACCUGUCUGCCUCAUCCGCUCCCUGCACCAAAUUUGACUGUGACAGCAACGCCGCCUGUGCCUGCGGAUCUCGUGGCGGCCAACAUCAGUGCGUCUGCAAACCAGGCUACUAUGGAAAGGGAGGACUAGGGCAAUGCCACCCCAGUCCAAGAGGCAAAUAUAAAGAUGGCUUUGGCGAAUACUCCAAGAGUUGCCCAGAGAACUCAACAACGCCUGGAGAAGGAGCGACCUCUGUAGCACAGUGUUUGUGCCUCGAAGGCUAUGAAGGAGAUCCGGGAAGUUCUAAGCCUUGCACACCGGUUGUUUGUGCCAAGCUAACUCUACCGGAGGGUGCCUCUACAAUUCCUCCCAAAUGUGGAAACACGUUCGGCACAUCCUGCGACUUCCUGUGCCGAGAAGGGUACUGUCCCUACGGUUGCGAUGCCAAGGCAUUGGCCGCCGGAACGAAACCUUGGAACAAACCAACGCGUAAUCUACGCCUUUGCCAGGCUAAUAAACUAUGGUCUGGCGCAGAGUUCAGAUGCGAAAAAGUACGAUGUCCCCAGCUGAAGAAUCCGGAGGAUGGAGUCAUCGACUGCACGAACCCUUCCUUCGAAUAUGAAACGGAGUGCGUGGUGAAGUGCAAUGCGGGGUUCGAGAAGAUAGGAGAUGACGGCAUAUUUUGUGAGAGCAAUGGCCAGUGGAACGGAACGCUGCCAACGUGCAGAGCCAUCACAUGCAAACCACUCCGACCGAAAGGAAAGUUGAAACUUCAACCGAGUACCUGCAAAAAUAUUUCCAAGUUCGACAAGAUCUGCACGUAUUCGUGCAAAAACGAAACCUUCGUUCUGGUCAAUAAGCAUACGAGAAAUCCAGCGAACGGUCUCUUCAAGUGCCUCGCAGACGGAAACUGGUCCGACAACGUAGAUAACCUGGCUUGCAAAGACAUACAACCACCCAGCAUUACGUCGUGUCCUCAAGACAUCAAGACGAGUACCCUGCCAAACAUGCGGUACACAGGCAGAGUGAACUGGGACCUACCUACGGCAAUUGACAAUGUGGGAGUAUCCUCUAUAACGAUAAUUGAGCCUCCAACUCUAUCCGCACCUCCUGGUCAGCCUCCUCUCGCGCCUCCUGCUCAGUUCCUUCUUGGAGAGACUGAAGUAGCCUACGUAGCAGAGGACACAUCUGGAUUGCGAUCAGAUCGCUGUGUGUUUUCUGUUACAGUCAUUGAUAAUGACCCUCCUAAAGUGAUAUUUUGCCCCGACGACAUCGUUAUUCAGCACCAUAGGAGAAGCAUAAAGGUCACCUGGGUGGAACCAGAGUUUGUGGAUAACGCAGGCGCAGCAAAAUUGGCUAUCACGCAAAGUCGUCACCCAGGUACUGAGUUCACUUGGGGUCCCAAAAGCGAGGUUCUCUAUACUGCUACAGACGCAACUGGAAACAGCGCUACCUGCUCCUUCACCGUCCUGAUACAGCCCUAUCCGUGCGAAUACUUCCCACCCCCAAAGAACGGCUACGUGUCUUGUGACUCUGAGUUUCAAAGGCAGGCCUGUACCGUCCAGUGCCACGAGGGCUAUAAGUUCGUGUUUCCUCCGGAGCCUUUGUAUAGGUGCAAACAAACCGCGAAAGGUGGAAAUUGGACAACUGAAAGGAAACGGAAAACGAUAAGGUUGCCAUGGCCGGAUUGCGCAGUUGCGCAGCAGUCCAACAAAACUUCAGUCCAGGUGGUUUCUACAGUGGCAGCGGCUUCUUGUAACAUCGACGAUGCGAAACUACAAGCUAUCAAGCAACAAUUUAUCAAUAAACUGAAAAGAUCACCACUGACGGCGAAGCUGAUCUGUGGAGCGGUAGACGCAUGUACUGUAGAAAAGGUGCAUAUCGACUGCAACUCUUCGGCACCUACAGCAGCAGCUGGCAGGAGGUUUAGAAGAGACAUGGGACAAUCAGUUGGAGGACUCUCACGUACAAUCUCAAAACGAGCCGUCGAUAUCCUGGAAAAAGUGAGCCAAGAAGAAAAAGACGUUCCUUUGGACCCUCAACUGAAAGCAGAACUGACCAUCUCUUUCUCUGUGAAUCUCCCUACCGAUAUCGACACAAAAACUCUGGUGGAGGAAUGUGAGAUAUGCAAGAACGAUACUGUUGUUCAUCCCAGCAACGCAGAGGCCACAGCGCUUGUGAACGCAGUGGAAUCUGCUGUAUUGGAAGCGGUCGAUACUGCAAUACGCGAGGAACUCCCGGAUGCGGUCAUAAUCAGCGCGGAGGGAACCAUAGAGUCAGAGUGUAGCCAAGGGCAGGUUUCCAACGCUUUGAACUGCGUGAACUGCCCUGUCGGAACAUAUUACGUCAACUCAACCACGUGCCUUCCAUGCCCCAUUGGAAGCUAUGCCGACAGCGAGGCCGCCCUCUCCUGUUCUCAGUGUCCAGACGGCAGAUCGACAUUGAGAGAAAAAUCCAGCUCGCCUUCAGAUUGUAAAGGCCUGUGCCCACCUGGACACUACUCCAGCAGCGGGAGAGAGCCCUGCGUCGUGUGUCCAGAGGGUGAAUACCAGGAACUACAUGGACAAUCCGAGUGCUUAAAAUGUCCUGAAGGCCUCACUACUGCCUCGUGGGCGUCCACAUCGGGAAAGAACUGCACUGGUUCAUGCCCACCUGGAACGUUCUCACGGUCAGGUUUGCGUCCGUGCUCCCUAUGCCCAAAAGGAACAUACCAGGCAAAGGGCGGGCAGACGGACUGUCUGCAAUGCCCAGUCGGUGAAAGCACAUAUACUUCUGCUUCUACGUCCGAAUCAGACUGUUUUGUUCUAAACCUCUGUGAGCGACUCCAACCGUGUGCAGAAGGAGCAUCGUGCGUGGAUUCAACUCAUUCGUAUUCAUGUGAAUGCCGCGACGGUCUCGAAGGCGCCGACUGCAGUAUUAACAUCGACGACUGUGAAGCUGACGUGUGUCUAAAUGGAGGAAGGUGCAUCGAUGGGGUUGACAACGUCACCUGUGAAUGUGCAAAGGGAUAUGGUGGGCUGUCGUGCGAGGUGAAUGUUGAUGACUGUGACCCAAAUCCAUGUGCACACGGCGGAACAUGCAUCGACGGGGUCAACAGCUUUGCUUGCAAGUGUGCAGAGGGUUUCACUGGCAAGAGGUGCGAGCGCAUUUUCCGAAAUUGCAUAAACAAGCCAUGUCAGAAUGGAGGAACCUGCUUCGACUCCGCUCAAGGCUUUCGUUGCUGCUGUCCGGAAGAAUUCACGGGAAAGACGUGCGAAUUCCGCUACGACCCCUGCUUCGAUAAACCCUGUCAACAUGGAGGACAGUGCGAAGUGCCUGAACACAGCCCCGAUAGCUUUCAGUGUAUCUGCACCUACGGAUAUACUGGAGAGAACUGCGAGACAAAUAUCGACGACUGCGCAUCUGACCCUUGUCUUAAUGGAGGAACUUGUGUCGAUGGUGUAGCGUCGUACACGUGUCAAUGUCCUGAGCUAUUUGAGGGACAGUCGUGCGAAACUGCUGUGGUUCCUGUACCAUACAGACUAAAUUUCCCCAAUGGCUACGUGUCAGAUUACUCAAGAAUUACCGUGGGCCGCAACCUGCGUGCUUUGACUCUGUCCUUCUUUAUGAGGACGUCACAGAAAGACAAACGCGGGACGCCUGUCUCGUACGCCUUCAAGCAUUCUGGACUCAACAAGAUUUUGGACAACGCGUUCACCUUGUCUGAUCCCAACAGACUGCUCCUGUACUUCUACCAGAACAGCACGGACACGGGGAUUGCAGCAAACGACAACCGCUGGCACCAUUGCGCUUUAACGUGGAGCAGCGAGACUGGUGUAUGGGUGUUUUAUUGGGACGGAGCAAAAAAAGCCAGUGAUAACAGCUCUGCUUCCAAAGGGAGCUACAUGUUCAAGGGGGAAGUGGUCCUCGGACAGGAUCAGGAUUCGGUCGGAGGUGGCUUCAGUGGACUCGAAUCUUUCGCAGGCGACAUCGCAGAACUCAACGUAUGGGACUAUUCUAUGUCCGAGGACGAUGUACGGAAAUUGGGAUCGACAUGCGGUCUCAUCGGGAAUGUUGUUGCGUGGUACAAAGUAAGGAACUCCAUCGACGGCAACGUUACAGUCGUUGAAGGGCCUCCCGACACCUGUUCAGGAUACAACUGCUCGACGUCCUCCUGUCACUGCUCGGCCCUGUCCGUUGUUGAACGAAGCAUGUGCGACAGAACCGUAGAUGCAUGCAGUUCCAACCCUUGCAAGCACAAUCAAGUAUGCGCGGAAUUAGAUGGCGGGAAAGGGCUUUGCAAGUGCGACGGAUACGAAGGAAGACACUGCGAAUUCGACAUCGACGAGUGUGUCACAGGAGAGCAUGCGUGUUCCCAUAUAUGCGUCAACAGUUUGGGGUCCUACAAGUGCAAGUGUCCACAGGGCAUGGCUCUCAACUUGGACAAUAAGACAUGCGUAGAUGCGUCGUAUUGUAUCCAAGGGGACUUCGCGUAUCUGGACGGAGACACAUGGAAACAAAACUGUCAGCAGUGUACAUGUGAAAAAGGCUUCAUCACUUGCUCUACACCCCUGUGCCAGGAUGUGAUUUGCCCACAGGGACAAAUGGUUGAGCACAAUCCAGGUGAAUGCUGUCCUUCUUGUGCUGAAGAGCCUUCGCAGUGCCAACUGUUUACCAACGGAACCCUAAUCACGUUUGAUCAGCUCGUGGUACCAUUCCUGGGAAGGAAAGUUUACACGCUGUUCCAGGACUGUGUUAAUGGAGACUUCACCGGAUACCUGGAUGCAAGAUUUAACCCCAGAUCAGUUCGGUUCUAUAUCCACUGUCUGUCCGUGACGAUUUACGAUAACAAAACUGUCCUGGUCAACAACAACGCUGUAACCUUACCGUAUCGAGAGACCUCGAUCGUGAAAAUAAUUGAAGUGGAGAAUCACACUGUCCAAGUGCAAACGCAUCACGGUGUCCUUUUGCAACUGAAGACAAAUGGAUCGUUUUUGGUGUCGGCGCCAAAGAAGCUGUCCAUGCACAUGUGCGGCCUGUGCGGAAAUAUGAACGGAGACCAGUCGGAUGACCUGCAGACCAGAAAUUAUAUACCAGCAAAGACGGUUGAUGAAUACGUUAUCAGCUGGAAAGAGUACAAAAUUAUUGCAGGUGUGCCGGAAAGUUGUACCCUGGUACCACGUCGACAAAAAGUCCGUGCAGAAAAAGUCUGCAAAAUUCUCCAGGGAAGAGGCUUUGAUAUGUGCUAUCGACAGAUGAGGAGGCCGUACGAUUUCGUAGCAUCAUGCAAAGAUGCCAUGUGUAGCUGCAAAGGGAACGAGCUCUGCUUCUGUGACGCCUUCCUCGGCUUUAGACUCGAGUGCGAGAAAAACAAUAUCACAAGUGACUACCUGCCCGAACGACUUCAAAAACUGAUGUUGCUUUGUGAAUCCCGAUGUCCACCAGGCAUGACCUUCAUGACCUGCGGGCCACUGCAGAACCGCUUCUGUCCUAGGACGGACAUCCCGGUGUACGGUAUUCUCAAGACGACCCGCUGUUUACCCGGAUGCUUCUGCCCCGAGGACAAAGUGUUUCGUCGCGGGCGAUGUGUGGACGCGUCGCUCUGUGGUUAGGCAUUAAAGAAAGACUCGUUCCAUUUCAGAACACAAUAUUGCUCUCCCCAUCUCACGCUGUGCUUCUCUUUUGCACUUUCCACCAAUGUUGAAAAGCGCCACUUCUUCAUGAGCAAACCUUGGCUUCGAGUGUUACCUCUUUCUUCCUAUUACUAUCAUUAGCGUGACCUGUACUAGCCGUACUCAGUCAACAGUUAAAAGCUGAAAGUGAAAACUUUCUUCCUUUCUCCGGGGCACCAUUAUUCCACUAGAUCCACUGUUAGACGAUGGCCACAGCGAACAAUGCACUUUCCCUUGCUUUGCUACUUGAACUCUGCACGGACGCGCAUACCGAUGACAAGAAACAUGGCAGCACCGGCAUCGUAUAGAGAUUGGUAGUUAACGCGCUGCCACACUAGCCUCGAAGUUUCAAUUUCUCUUUGGAACCCCACCGCUGGUCAAAGAACCCUAAGGCGGGCAGAAACAAAUCCACUGCGUCAUACUCAUAACGCCACGCAAUAGUCGAGAUUCUUCAGGAUAAACCAACACCUCCAAGAUAGUAGAAGGCCUGCGCACUCCCCAACUCACGGAGGCCUGCACGAGCUUUGCGAGCUGCUUCGAGCCUUUCUCUUGUUUGCUCUUUCAUUGACGUCAUACCAGCAUCCACAGCAGGCCUUCGUGUGUGACGCUGUGUCACGUGGGGCGCAGGUCUGAUGCCUCUAGGAGGUGUUGGCUGAACCGACAGCCAACCGACCGCGCCUCAAAGAGGGUUGUGUUUUGCGUACUAUCUUGAAUUCGUCCACUAACUGAGCAAUAAUAUUCGCCCUCAUCACAUCCUAUCGCCUCCACGGGAAACUAUCUGUUUUUAACGAUACAGAACCUUCGCCGAGAAGGAUGGUGUCUCGAAUGCAUUACGCAGUUCCAUUUGGGAGACUGGUCCAGAUUUUUGGUGCUCGAAUCUUGACGAGUGUUGAUGUUGCUACCGUCUGUGCAUAUCUGAAGCUGUCAUUGCUGACACUAUAAAAUAUUUGAAAGCGAUGAUUAGACGAUUGCACGUGCGAAGCGUUUUACAAGUGUUCACACACAUGUGGGUUGAUUAUCCGUGACAUCAUAGGUGCAGGUUGGGACACAAGUUUACGGAACACGCUUGUGGCGUACUUUUUCUUCGGUGCGACACCCUAGCGGCCGGCGGAAGCAGGUAUGUUCACUGCCUCGGAGGGGUGGAAGCGUGUGCUGUUAGAGAGACACUGUGGUAGUUCCGGUGUCGCCUGGGUGUGUCUGGGAACUGGAAGCUACCGCUGUGUGUCGCUGACAGCGCACCCUUCCACCUCUCCGAGACGGUGAACCCACUCGCUUCCGCCGGCAGCUAGGGUGUCGCACCGUAGAAAAAGUACGCCGCUCGCGUGUUCCGUAAACUUUUGUCCCAACCUGUACGACAAACCUCGAGCACACGCAUCUGCAGGUGAGAACAGUCAAAUGGGACUGAUAGAACUGCUUGUGCUGCUUAACACACGUUUUCAGAAGGCGAGCGAAUGUGAAUUAAUGAAUUUCUAUGUGCUGCUGUAUCUUCGUUGUUCACGUAUCUCGCUACCCAACUACCCCGGCACUUCAGAAGCCAAGGUUUUACUGCUCUUUUCCACUGUGCAACAUGAUGAGUAGAAUUUGAUUUAUUCAAACACGUGUAAAUAAAACGCUCAUAGCAAAUAAAAAAUCUAAAGCA